UUGUUUUAGUUUUUGGCAAGCUCUCGCGACUUGCACCCAUGCAGCAGAUCAGAAUUUGGCCUCCAGCGUUGGAAUGGGUUCUGACAAUGCGGGCAGGCCGUGGCUGGCUCUGAGCAGCAGCAGCAGGGGAAGUUGCGAGCCAUCGCCUGAGCAGGAAACGGGCACUGAGGCGCGUGCUCGAGCACAGGGGCAGUCCUGUCGGUGCAGGCUGUGAUCCUGUGCGAGGCAUCUCUCACUGCAGAAGACUCCUGGCUCCCCAAAAGAGCUUGCCGUGAGAACAAUGAAGAAUUACACCAGUGAGCGGCUUCCUCUGCUACCAACCAGCUCCGGCAGCACUGUGGGUUGCAGCGUGCUGAGGAACAUCGGCACGAGCGUUCCCCCGCAUCUCCCCUUGGCCUGCAAAGGAUCCCGGCAGUGGUGCCCAGGCGGCAGGGCUGUGCUCCAUCCACCCCAUGACACUCUCGCUCACUCGCACGCACUCACGUGCUGCGGUAAUGGUUUAAUAGCAGCCCCACCCAGCUCAGCAAGACGGACUUGCAGCGUAAGCAAAAGCUGGGGAAUCUCGCCGCUGUGCGCAGUGCUCUGUGAGCGCUUCGCUCGCCUUUUGAGAGAGGACUCGGAGUCGCUGGACGGCUGCAUUCAGAGCACGUUAUCAGCUCUCUACCCUCCGUUCGAGGCUACGGCCGCCACCGUGCUGUGCCAAGUUUUUGAUGUGGUGGAGAAGACGUACCGUGGGGAUGGACUGCGCUACCUCAUAGACUUCCUGAUUCCAGCCAAGCACAUCCUGCAGUGCAUUCAGCAGGAUGCCUGUGUUCAGUACUGUGGCUUGCUGUUUCGCCACGAGGGCUGGCCCCUGUGCAUUCACGAGAAGAUUGUAGUCCAGCUGGCUUCCAUUGACUGGCGAAUCUUGAAGCCUGGUGACUUCUACCUGCAGGUGGUUCCCUAUCUGAAGAAGUCUCCACGGAUCGUAUUGAAGUGUUUAGCAAAAGACAAGCAUAAUGUAGAAGAAGUUGUGAUUCCAGAAGUUUCCUAUACCUCUAUUUUUACUCUGGAAUGGUUGAGUACUAUCAAUGGAGAGCGGAUGGGUAUAGCACUGGAAAAUUGUUUACUGACCACUGAUGAUAAAAUAUUUCGUGUUCCCUGGGAUAACGUGGUUAAUCCGGAAUUUAUAAAUAAACCAAAAAUAAUUGAAAAUAAUAUUACUACUCCAGAGACAACAGGGAAACCUUCACUCUUGUGUCUCCCCAUGGACCAUGCUGAGCGCAGUUUGCCAGACCUAGAAUCACAGUGUGUACAGGAACAAAAUCCAAAUUGCAACAACCUGGUUGUUAACAGCCCAGCUCCACAGUUAGGUGAAGCCCUUGUCAAUGGUGUGUGUUCCAGUCCUGUUCCUGAAGAGGAUUUGCAAAGUGACCUUGAAGGAGAGUACGUUGAGCUUGCCCAAGUUUCACUGCCCCGGUUUGGAUCACAGACAGGCUCGUUAACCCAGUCACUGGCUUUAAGUUAUCUGACUCAGCCUAGGACAAGAGUGGAUGCAUCUAAAGGCAAGCACAGAUUUAUUGUCAUUCAAGAUAGCACCUACUCCAAGAACUUAGUUCACUCAGCACUUAUGCAAAAGGAGCACUGUCAGAUGGACACUCUGAGCACUUCUCCAGGAGUUCUCAACAAUGUAAUUCCUUUGGAAAGCAACAAAACAACGGCAUGUGAAGAGCUGUCUCCAGAAGGUCAGCUGCUGUCAGGUGCUCCUGGGAGCAUGGGAAACAGUUUUCCUGCAACUGCAGCUCCUUCUUGCAGUGCAGAAGAUGCCUGUGCUGCAGAGCAGGAGGCCUGCAGUGAGUGCUCUGUGGAUUGGCAGUGUGCGCUGUGCGGCAACGGUGACGUGUGUGCUGGAGAUGGUGUCAGCUGCAAAGCACAAAUGACUGGUUCUACUGGAAACAUGGAAUUAGAAAGCGAUGGUUCUAGCAUAAAUCCUGGUGUUGAAAUGCUGGAGCAGAGCCCAGAAACAAAUCCAGAUGCUUCUGCUGAAGAGGAGGUUAUGGAAGAACGUGGAGAACUGCUGACAGAGCAUCAACGUGAGGUGACACAGGUGGAUCCUUCUCUCGGGUCUGUCCUGGGGCCUUUGGGACCAUGCUGCACAUUGAAGGAAGGUCCCAAUGCUUCUUGCCAGAGUGCUGGUGAAAGUACUGCGCCAGCCCAGGCCACUGCAUUGCCUGCCACACCUGAGAGUUCAGCUGUGGGUGUGGAGAGAGGCUCUCCUUCAGGGAACUUGGCAGAUGCAGCAGCAGUCCAAGCUUGUUGCGCUGAUCUGGAAACAAAUUGUAGCUCUCCAGUAAAUCCUCCAGAACAGCUGAACCGAGGAGAAGUAGAUGAAAUAGAGGUGGGAAGAAGAGAGAGCCCCGAGGAUGUCAAAGAGAUUGAACAAGUGCAGGCUGUGAAGGAGCAUCAGAGUUGCUGUAGUUGCUGUAAUACCAACGCUCCUGUGGAUGGAGUGCUUUCAGAUGGUGAAGAGCAAGAGGUCCCUGCUUGUCAGCACAAGGGAGCUGAAGAUGCCAUGCUGCCCCAAACUGCACUGCCAGCAGAGAGCGAGCAGGUGGCAGAACAGUCAGGUAGCAGUGGAUCUUUGCUGGGUCUUGACCCUCAAGCAGAAGACUCGAGUCAGUUUGGAAGCCUCAAAUCUGGAGAGAGGUGUGGGGAUCCACGAGGGUGGACAGAAAAUCAUGGCCAUGGAAGUGGAGUGAACUCUAUGCUGAACUCAGAGUGUGUUUCAGCCCAGGACUUGCAGGGAGGGGAGGAGAACAAAGACAGUUUUUCUGAUGUGGAUAGGUCAAAGGCAGUAGCCUUAAAAACACUGGAAUCCAUAAAAGAGGAGCUGGAGGUUGGACCACUGUCCUCAGGACCUGCUGAGGGGAACAUAGAGCCCACUGCUCUGCACUCCCACCCAGAGGCAGUUCCAGAAGCAUCAUCUCCUAAAGGCAUGGUAUCGGACGGGGCAGAGGUGGUAAAGGAAGCAACUGGAACAGAUGUGUUGAAGCCAGCAGAUAAAGCCUGUGCCCUGGAGGAAACCUCAACACCUGUUAGUCCCCCCAGAUCCCCAGCUCCUGGGGCUGCUUGGGGCGGCCGGUCUGCACCUUCCAUAGUCAAGGAUGUCAACCCUGAAGUGCUCAGGAGUGGAGUUGCCUGCCUGCCUGGUACCAGAGAUAAAUCAGGACGUGCAGUGGCAAUCAUAACAACAAGGAACACAGCCUGGUUAAACCCUCACUGCAACACCACCGAGCUGGUUCGCCUCCUCCUGUACCUGCACAGCAUCCCGAGACCCGAGUGUCAGGCUUUGGGUCUGACUGUUCUUGUGGAUGCUCGUCGCUGUUCGCCGGUUCCUGCUCUCUUCAAGGCAUUCAGCAUUUUGCAGGACAUGGAUCCUCAUUGCAUUCAUGGAGUACUGCUUCUGGUUGAAAGAGAUCUGACUUUUCGGAUGGAGAAGCCAGCAGCAGGACAGUUUGAAAUUCUCACCUCCAUGAAAUCCCUCCAUAAGCACAUAGACAGCUCACAGCUGCCUCUGGAACUGGAAGGAACCUUCCCAUACUGCCACCGGGACUGGUUAAGUUUCCGUAUGAAACUGGAACACUUGCUACAAGGAUGCCAGGGGGCUUGUGCCUUCCUCCAGGGAGCCAUUCAUAAAGUGGAAUCUGGAAAAUUACCAGAAAGAGCUGAGGAGGCUGCUGUGCUGCUGAGGAACUACAGGCAGCUGAUGAAGAAUGUUCUGGAGGAUGCACGGCUGGUCAGGCUGCAGCUGGAGGGUGGAGCACUGCUGGCCAGGCUGAGGAAGGAGGAGUCUUGUGUCACCCUCACCCAGGACUACAGGGACGCGCUUGAUGCUGCUGGUGUGCUUUAUAAUCGAGUUGAUGAGGGCGUUCACCGGCUGGUGAUGGCGUCAAAUAAACGCAUCCAGGAACUGGAGCUGGUGAUGGAGUUUGAGAAAGUGGAAGAAUGUUUUAAGGAGGUCAGCAGUUGGAUUGAGAAUGUUGGCAGAAAAAAGCUGAAGGAGAUGAUCAACCUGGACGAUUCUUUGGAGAUGCUGCUUCAAGCACAGAAGCAGUUCAGGGAGUUUGAUCUUGUUGCCAGUGAGUAUUGCAGAAGGGGACAGGAAGCACUUAAGAAGAUGGAUCGUUGGGAAGACUUUUCCUCUGUGGAUGUACAUUCUUACAGAGUGAAGCUGCAGACCUACAGAGAUCAACUGGAAGAAUUCUGCACUCAACUGGAUGAAAGCAGGCAUCGAGUCUGUGAGACAGUCAGGCUGUAUGAAUUCUUUGACAAGGCGUACGAGUGGGCCUUGGAAGGGAUGCGACACCUCGCCUGCAUCAGCAUGGAGGAGUGCAGCUCCGCCGAGCACUGCGCCGGGGUCAUCAAGUGCCUGGAGAGCUACAAGGAGCAGCACCCAGACAUCAGCGAUGCCCGCUUCCAGGAGAUGAAGGAGCUGGCCUGCGAGCUGAAGAGCGACAAGGGACUCAAGCAGUGGAAAUUCGCAUGGUCCAAAUGCCAGGAGACCAAGCUGGUUUUUGAAAAGAAGCUGGAAGCGGCUUUGAGAACCAGGAGGGCACUGCUGUUGGAGCAGCCACAGGUGGGCAGUGAGGCUGGCAGCGUGUCUCACCGCAGGCAUUCGGAGGGGGCUGCCCCCGGUCCGCAGUGGGACAGAACUCCUGGCACGUCCCACGGCCGGCCCAGUCGCUCCACGGGCUGGACUAAAGAGAAAGCUCCCUUGCCCUCCCUGAGCUGCCCUGGUGAUUUUGGUGCUGGGGAAGAAUUUGCCUCCCAAGCUGCUCUCGUGGCCGGGCCUCACGUUGGCAGAGUUUCUUUUGGAAGCGGGGCCUGCAAGUCACCAAAACUGCCCGAGGAGAAGUCAAACCUGGAGAGCAUCUUAGAAACGCUGGAGAUGAAGCCAUCCUGUGCCUCCACUCCCACUUCUGGGAAGCUGCCUCCCAAGAGGAUGCUCCGUAAGGCCCAAAGCUUCGACCUGCCCUGCGGCGAGAGCCUGUGGUCGGGCUGCCAGAGGACACUGAGCGAGCCGGCCAGGUACGGCAACACCGGUGUCUUCAUCAAGGGGCUGGAGGUGAGCAGCACGGAGCUGGUGGACAGGACAUUUGCACUGCGGCAGCUGGAGGGACAGCGGGGCUGUGGCUCUGCAGAGGCCAGGAGCUGGGGCAGGAAGAGAGCACUGCUGGUAUCAAGUGAUGAGGGCCCACAGAAGUGUGGCACUCAGGGUCAUACAAAGCCCGUGCCAAUGUGCUGCAGCAGAGCAGAAGCAGCGUGCCAUGCCCUCACACUCCUUUGGGGCUGUACCUGGACUGACAGGGAGGCCCUUCAAGCACUCUGUGGCAGCUACUUCAGAGGUAUGGUAGUGUUUGUAGUUGCCCUUUAGGGCUGAAAUCUCUGUUGCAGUGACCAAC